AUGGAUGUAUCUGGUCAAGAUACAAGCGAUCACUGUACUAAUUCACCUGAAGGACCUGUAACCGUUGCACAAGCGAAAUAUGAUCCGUUUUUUACACGAAACCUAAGAGUUAUUGAGGAUUUAUUAAUUGAUGAGAAACGAUAUCACAGCACUCCUGGUUUCUGUGUUUCACAAUCUCCUGCAAGAACCACAUGGAUGAGACGAUCUCUUCUUAAUUGGCUUCGAGAUAUCUGUAUCCAUCGUGGGACUGAUGGUGAAGUUCUAGCACACACAGCACAGCUGAUUGACCGUUAUAUGCACAUAGUGCCAACUGAGCAAAAUGAGUAUCAACUUGUGGGUGCAACGUGCUUCUUCAUCUCUAGCAAACUGAAAGAAACUGUACCUAUAGCCUUAAGAAAAGUCACAGAAUACACAGCCAAUUCACUGACAGAACAGGAUGUCUUAGCCAAAGAACUUACAGUGUGUAUAUCACUCAUGUGGGACUUGACUUGCAUUACCCCGGUAGAUUUUGUCGCUCCUGUGGUUGAGUUCCUUGAAUUCGUACCUAGCUUGCGUCAAAUUAUUCGUCAGGCUGCACUUUGUAUAUAUAUUAAGGCUUUUCACGUUGAAGAAAUUAGUACUUAUAUGCCCAGCUAUAUAGCAGCCGCAUGUAUUCUUUAUGCUUUGAAUCUAACUGUACAUCGGGAUUUAAGUGAUACUGCUAUCAGAUCAGUUACCCGUAUUCAGCGAAUUUUAAGGCUUGAAGCACGUAAAAUGCGUGAAGCAUAUCAGAUUCUUCAAGCUUGCUUUGAACCUGGAACUGUGCAACUAUCAAAUGCUGUGUUAGAAGGUGAUAUAGAGCCCCCUGAAAGUCCCGUUCGUGAAGUACCGGUUCAUCUUGUCCAUCAAUUACAUUCCUCUUCUACAACACCAGUUAACACGACUGUAUUACUUCCACUAGCGACUAGUAUGUAUAUCCACCCACAUCUUAACUCGUCUAAUCAGUCUUCACUAACUUCUGUUGAUAUUCCUUCUCUAUCUACCUCCAUGGUUUUUGUAAAUAAUAGCGUAAUCUUUGAUCGUAAUUGUAAACCUACAACGUCCGCUUCUCUUUCAGCUUGUUCUACUUCAUCCCCUCCUUCAGAAGCUGAAAAUAUGGGAUUAAGUGAGCUAGAAAAUGAACAUUCUCGAUGCGCUUAUAUUAAUCGAUCCCGGUUAUCUAUGCCGUUAAUUCAUUAUUCUCAUUCUACCCAGUUUUGUCAUCAUUCUAAUGUAUCAGCUACUGAUAAAUUAAGCGAACGCAAACUGAUCCCAUUAGUUUGGGAAAAUCCAGUUUCAAAUCGGACAAAUCAGUAUAAGUAA